AUGUCAGACGAGGCGGCUCUUUUUGGCUCGGCACAGAUCAUCACGCCUAAAUACUUCCGAAUGAUCACGAGGUCAAUUUCGAGUCUGCCAGAUGAGAAGAUACCAACGAUGAAAAGGACAACAAGUCCAAACGACGAGUCGGACACCGUUUCGAGGCUCACUAUCUUACCUGACAUACUAAUGAGAGGGACUCUCGCUGCAGUUCAAGGUGAGGCUCAUUUUGUGGUACAAGUGGCAUCCAAUCCAUAUCAUCGAGGCCAGUCCGUCCGUCACACAACCUUCAUAAUUACCCAUAAUGGCGCUGCCGGGUGGCCUGCACUAGCACAGAGGAGCACCAAAGUCAACCAUUCAGCAGAGAGACUGCUCAGACAUACGACGGACGUACCGCGUCCUGUUUCUGUCAUUAAAAUUUGUGCCCGCCCUAGGUCCCCGAGUCCGUCCAGUCCAGCCAGUCCAGCCAGUGAAGGUCCAGGUCCAGUCCCCAGGUUCAGGGCUCAAGGGCCUGCCAGGCCAGCCGCAACAGCAGAGCCCCAUCUCGGACCCCCCUGUCCUCAGCCGACCUACCACAUGUUACAGAUAACCAAGGGCCGAAUAUUUACCACCUUUUACCCCAUCCCGCAUCUUCCCCAUGCCAUUGCCAAUGCCAUGCUCCUGCCGGCCCUUGAGUUUGAACCCUUCUAA